ACUAUUCCCAAACACAUCUUUCCGGAAGUCGCAUUACAUCUUGCUUCAUCAAAACAAAUUUUAUUUUUUCAUUUAAAAAAAAUCUGUAACCCGUAGGUUAAAAUCCUACUAAUAGUAAUAGUAUAGGAACUUGAUUUUAAUCAAGGAAGUUAUUUUGAAUUUUUGGGCAGACCAUAGGCCAACUGCAGUAGGCAGAAGCCACUUCAGCAGAUCCUGAGUCUGAAGAACAAGAUUAGUCCCGGCAGUUACUUAAACUUAAACUAAGUUAGUGUUAGUGUGAGUGAGAUUUUACUACUUUCACUUCAACUUUAAGCAAAUGGUAAAAGUGCAGUUCAGGUGCGUAUAUUAUUUCUUAGCGCAUUUUGUGUUUUAUAAUGUAAACUUACGUGUAUUCUUUAUAAAAAGUAUUUUAAAAGUAAAAUACCAUCUUUUUAUUGGAAUACAACAACAAUUUAACAAAUUUUACGAGAUAAAAAAAGUCUUUUACAGAGCCAUUGUGGUAAAUCAUGGAUAACUCUUCUGUCUUUGAAGAUACGUUAUAAAAGUUGCCCAAUUGGAUGAAUCUUGGUUUAAAAAAAUAUGCAUUUAUUUUAUAACUUAAACUUUACUUUCAAAUAAAACCGGAUUUGCUCGGGAUUGCAUUCAGAAAAAAAAACAUCUGCUACGUCCUUUUAAUUCACAUUGCUACUAAGCGAAAUAAUCAACAUCGAAACAACACCACUAUAGUAAAAAAAAAUUAAUUAAUUUGUCUCAAAUAAAAACCCUUAAAAUUAAAUAACUUAUGUAAAACUUUCGUUUUUCCCGUUUUCCGAUGGGAUCCAGAUUCCGGUAGAAUCCUGGUCAUGGUGGGAUCCCGAUCCUGGUAAGAUACCGAUCUCGGUGAGAUCUCGUUUCCGGUGGUAUCCCAAACUAAAUGAAAUCCCAAAUGGGAACCCAUUUCCGGUGAGAUCCCGGUGGAAUCUCGAUUCCGAUCGGAUCCCGUUUCCGGUGAUAUCCCGAUAGGAUCUUGAUCCCAGUGAGAUCCAGAUCCCGAUGGGAUCCCGAUCUAGUGGAUUCCCGAUACCGUCGGGAUACCGGUUACGGUGAGUUCCCGUUUCCGGUGAGAUCCAGAUCCCGGUAAUUAUAGGGAACUCACAUGCUUGACAUAUGUAGCCAGUUUACAAACCACAUUGCAAUUGUUACCAGCGCCUUACCAACAAUUCCAUAGUUGUAUUAACGUUAUUUGUUGCCUCACAAAGUGCGCGUUUAAACCAAAUGCUAAAAAUUUCUCUUGGAUCAACAAUUUCAAUUAUUGUUUCUUGGUUAACAAAAGGAUCCCACUACCAGCGACACUGCAAAACGAGUCCGUCUUAUUACUAAUCACUAGCCCUCACCCUUAUUUUACUCAGCGCAAAUAUUCACCAUUAAUAAGCGCAUUUGCAUACGGAAAAAGGGGAGGGGGUGCUCAAAUUAGAGCUGACCAAUCACGGACAGCGUAUUUGCAGCCUUUAGUAUGAGAUGACUAUCAAUAAAUGACCCCACGCUAUCAUUCCGAUUUCCCCCAUUUCUGCAACGUCAUAAAUAUUUAUUUUUUUAAGUGGACAUGUGAUCACACAUUGGCACAUAACAUAUUCGUAGAAAAAUAUAAUUAUAAUAAUGUAAAAUAGAAUAAAGUCGGUGAUCAUCUUCUACACCCCCCCCACCCCCUAAGACUUCAAGGGACAAUCCUUAUAUUCUGAGCGCUCUGAGGGAAAAAAAAAAAAAGAAGGUGGGGUGGGGACGUGGAAGGGGGCGCUCGUGCGUAAUGAAAAAUCUAGUAUUUCAUUUUUUGGAUUUUAAAUGUGGAAUGUAAAUAGAACCUUCUAGAAAAUAUAGAAACUUCAUAAAAUGUAUAUAAGUAUAAGUAAUUCUGCAAUACUUAGAAACAUGGCCGCCGAGAGGAUUAUUAAGGGCUGGAACAAGACUAAAAAUGGUUUGAGUAUCAUAUUCUUUGUUAUUGUUAUUAUUUUGUAUCGUCUUUUGUAACGAGCCAUACACUUGAAUAAGAGAUUAAAUUCUCCAUACUGAUUGUAACAUUUAUUUUCUAUUGAUGUACGUUAAUAGUACCCUGGAGAGGGCAGAAGCUGCGAUCUUUUCCCUUCAUAUUUGGGUACGUUCAUGUAGUACAAAAAGGGGUAAAAGUUCAGUUCAUAGUGCUGCAUCUAGAGACCGACCCGAAAGUGAUUUUUUUUUUAUUUCGGUCGAAACCGAAACUAGGCCGAAAGUUAAAAAAUGACUUUCGGUCGAAACUGAAACUUUAAAGAGACUUUCGGCGGAAACCGAAGCCGAAAUUAAAAAUCUUUUUCUUCUUCUUAUGCCUUUAUACCCAGUCUGGGACAUAGGCCAUCCACAAUAAUUCUCCAUUCAUCACGCUCAUGUGCCUUACUUUCCACCGGAGAGCAGAACCCCACCGGGGAACAGGAUCCCACUGGAAAUAGAGAUGCCACCGGAAAUAGAGAUCCCAUCGGAAAACUUUAUCCCACUGGGUUCAGGUUCACAAAGGGAAUUUGGAUUCCAUUGGGAUUGGGAUCCCAUGUGUUGGGAUCCCAAUGGGGAAACAAUCAUUUUGGGAAACGGGAUCCUAUUGUAUCAGGAUCUAACUGAAGUGAUCCCAUACUGGAGAAUGGGAUCAAAACUGGGAAGGGAUACCACGGGGGAUCGGGAUACAUUUCGGAUUGUAUUUUAUUAUUUUUUUUCUUGGGAGAAGAGAAAAUUAAAAAAAAAAUUAUUUAUGUGUUUUUACAGACCAAUUAAUUUAGAUGUUAGCUAUAUAUAUGUAUAGCAUCCUUCCGUCUAAAACAAUUUUUAUUAAAUUUUGAAUGCCAUCAUAAGCGACGCCGUGUAUUUAUCUAGUUUUAGGAAAAAUUAAAUUCAUGAGUUCAUCACCCUUUAGAAUAUGUGAAUAUGGAAUUAUAUCUAUACAUCACAUAUAAGAAAAAAAACAGGAAUUUUUGGCCCCUAUCCCAAAACAGAACAUCUAAGUCGUCCGUUCCUCCCCCCCCCCCCCCAACAUUUUUUUUUUCUCCACUAUUUCUUUAUUUUUUGGUGAACAUGCCUACAAUUUGAAAUUUCGUUUAGCAUACUAUAGGUGAUUAAAAAUCUGACCAUAGGGUGAAAAAAAAAAUACAAAGCAAAUGGGGCUAUGUGUCUUUGUUUGGGGGUGUAAAGAUGAUUUAGAAAUCAAUAAAAAGGUCAGGGUCAUGGCGCCUGUGUAAAAAUAAAAUAACUUAAAAUGUAAUGAAAAAUGUCUGCCUGUACAUAAAUUUCGUGGUAAAAGUAGCUACUUUAUUGUAUCCGUCUAGAUAUGUGUCAAGAAGCGUCAACGACCUUGGUUUGCUCCCUUUCCUCGGGUAAUACAGCCAGUACAUAAAUUUCGCUGUGAGCCUAUCUACUUUAUUGUACCCCUCUAGAUAUGCGGCAAGAAGCAUCUACGACCUGCGGUCGCACCCUUUCCUCACGUAAUUUCAAGCCAGUGCACACACAAAAUAAUUAUAAAAUAAUGAAAACCCACCUUACAGUUUCAUAAAAUACACUUUUACACUCUUUAUUUCAGGUUUCACUGAAAAGAUUAUCCAAAAAAUGUCAGAAAACGAAUAAUAUACAACACCAUAUCCAUUUUAAAAUUAUAAUUAAUCAACCAAUCAAAUUUUGAUUCAAAACAUUCCAUCAUAUUAAGGAAAAUUUAACUGUAGUAACAAAAUGAAGGGGAGUGAAACCAAACAGAAACUUAACUAAAACAUAAAAAUGACGGCAUGGCGCAAUCUCCUUGCAUUGAACAUAUUUGGUAAUCUUGCAUUUAAGCUGUUUAAACAUCGUGUAAGUUUAUGAAGUGUGAUAUAUUUUACUGGCCUUUUCUUGUUAUUUUAAAAAAAAAUUAUUUAUAAGAUUAAUAAUUAUAAUAAGAUAAGAAUAAGAAAAAAAGAUUCUUUUAUUAAUCCAAAUAAAUGGAAAUAUUUUUUUGAAUACAUUAUUGAUAACAUAUUCAUUUGGGCAUGUCACAUAGAAAAGUAUUCUUACCAAGGCCAAGACAACAUUUUUAAGCUAGAACUCAGCAUCUCAUCUUCUAAAUUUUCCAGGCUCUCUAGAUUCUUUCUUUUAAUAUUAACCUUUGUUGAAAUUCCUGCUUGGCAAAGAUAUGACAUGGAAAAUAAUAAUAAUGUGUUUAGUGCUUUUUAUAAUGAAUUUCAAUUUGAAUGCACAAACUGUAGAGAACGAUGUCAGUUCUUCUUCAUUAAGAGUAAAACUGGAGAAGUUGGAAAAAAUGAAUGGAUUUCUUAUCCAAUCAAAUUGUCCUGUGUUUAACUAUGGAAAAUAUUUUUUAACAUUUAUUCUAUUGUUGUUAAAUGUUCAAUUAUUAAAUGAAUGAUUGCCUCAUUUGUAUCCUGCAUAUUUCUGUGUUUGUUUCUCUUACCAGUACUUGUCUCUUUCAUAGUAAAAUUUAAAAAAAAAAUUGUUCAAUAUGCAUAAGUUUUCAGUAGAUGGAAGAAUAUUUUCGUAGUUUCCUUGCAUACUUAUAUUGACAGUAUUAAAGUAAGCAAGAGCAGCGUACUAUUUUAGCACAACAAACCAGUUUGUUUUCGACGUACUUCCAGACAACUUUAAACUUUGGCAGAGCCUCGAAACAUGAAUCUUGAGCCAGUCAGCGUGACGACAUAUCCACAUAAAUUAUUUUAAUUUUACAAAAUUGAAUUGAUACGAUUACUGGAAAAUAAGUGAAAUAACACACAUUGACUGCUAAGAAUUCCAAUGUGAACUGCACAGGCACAGCAAUUCAAAAAUGGACAAAAAAAGUGAAAUUGUCAUUCAUGUUUGCUAAAUAGAAGCCCAUGCAAAACAAUUUUACAUUGUAUAGAUUUUUAAAAAAAAAAAUUUUAAUGUAUUUUUAUAUUUUUUUGCGGAUUACUUGAAGUGGCUACGCAGGGCACCAGUGCUCCACAGAGCACAGAUUGAGAACCACUGCUCUAACCUCCCAUGCUCUAACAAAGGAUAUAUUAUCCAGUGGCAUCCCUUUAACUUUAAUCAAUGUGUGUUUUUGUGGUGAAGUGUAAAUUUAAGGGUUCGCCCUGGGCAGGAUUUAAAGUUAUACCACUGGGUUAGCACACAAUUUAGAAAAGAUACUUUGUGUGUUUGGCAAUUUUGGGGAGAGGAAGACAAUUCUUAUUUUCAUAUUUCUCACUUAAAUGUUGCACUUCCGUUCUAAGUCUAAGUACUAAAUAAUUAAACGAUAAAUAAUAGGGCCUAAGCCCAAAUCAAAUCUAAGAGGUUUAAAAUAGUAGGCAUAAUAUUAGUUGUUGUAGUUACUAGGACCAGACCUACUUUACUUUCAAUCUUUAACUAGCACUAGUCUUAAUACCUAGUAAUACAUUGUUAAUUUGAGUUGCUAGGAAAGGCUGAAAUAUGUGUAGAAAACUUCACUGGAUGCUAAAUCUAAGUACUUUACUUAUAUAUAUAUAGUAUAGCUUGCUUAAGUGCAUAUGUGGCGCAAAACAUAAUUUCCAUUACAUUUAUAAGAGCAGGAGUAAAUAUUAUUAUUCUAUUAAUCUAGAGGUUAGACAAUGACACGAUUUGCAAAGAGGGGAUAUGACAACAGAAAACUGAAUGAGCCUACACCAUGGUCUGAAAUGCAAGAAAUCAAAGGAAGUAGGUAUAAGUAUAAGCUAUUUUCAUUUUUCAGUUACUACUCAGUGACCUUUUUAAGCCUGGUAUAAUGUGAUGGGUAAUUUUUUUUUGGUCAGGAAUCUAAGAAUUAGGAUUUCUUGAAGUGGGUGGAAUGUAAAAAAGUUGACCAAGAAAAAUGAUCAUAGUAAAUGAUCUAAGGAACUGUUUCCGACAGAGAUGCAGUAAUUUUGUAUCCAUGUCAUAGGAAUCUUAGAGUUUGCUAAUGAAGAGGUUAAAGUCAAGACAGAAGUUGAGAGAGGGAAUUUUUCUACAGAAGUUAGUUAAUAUUCUUAUUUUAUUUUUAUUGUUUCCUAAUGUCUGUAAAAAUAUUUUCAAUUCUUUUUAGCUGCUUAUACUAAUAGAAAUAAUUUCAAAGAUAGUAGACGAGAAAACAGAAGAUUGAAGAGGAAGGAUCAACGUAUUUCACUCAAGGUAGCUAAGAGUAAGAAUGAAAGUUUUGUUCAGUAAUGUUUUUGUUUUUUUAUUUGAUUGAUGAAACUAAUCUAAAUAUGAACUUUAAUCUUAACUGUUGAAGUUGUUUAGCAAGGAGCAACCCAAAAUACUUUUCUAUAAUGGUAACUUUAAAAAAAAAUAAAGGAAAUAUAAAUUCACAGGCAAUCUGGUGGAACAUUAUUUCAAGAUUCAUGUAAAUAUUUUUGAAUAUGCACCAAUUUAUUAAAAUAAAUAUUCUGGCUAUACUUUUAUUGAUAUCCCAGGUUUGUUAUAACUGCAGAGGUCCUGGCCACCAGGUGUCAAAUUGUCCAUUUUUAUCAGAGCCAGGUCAGCAAGCUUCAUGUUUCAAAUGUGGCUCAACAGAACAUAAAUCAUCAUCCUGCAAUGCUAAAAUCCCUAAAGGUAGCUAUAAAAUAAAUGGGAGAUAUUUACUUGGGUUUUAAAUAUUAAAAUAAUUUUGCAGGAAGUGAAUAUAAUUCUAUUUGUGUUUUUUUCAUUAAACUGUCAAAGGUCUUUCAAAGUAUAUACUUUGAGGACCCCAAAAUACUUAAAUGGUUUCUAUCUUUUGCAGCUGAUUAAUAAAAUAUGUAAUUUUAUUUUUUGCAGAGUCAUAUCCCUUUGCUCAAUGUUAUAUAUGUGGUGAGAAAGGUCAUUUAUCAAAGCAGUGCCCAGACAAUCCAAGGGGCUUGUAUCCUAACGGUACUCAUUCAACUUUACAACAGUAUUUCACUUCAAAUUUUCCAUAAAUGUUUUCAUUAAGCCUACAUUUAUUUAUUUUUUUACUCUUUAUACAUUUUUAUUGAACUGUUUUUGAUGUCCUUUGUUGCAUUCUUUAACUAAAGCAUACCAUUUUUUAAAAUUUGCAGGUGGGAAUUGCAAACAAUGUGGAUCUGUUGAGCACUUAAAAAGAGACUGUCCAGAGUUUUUGCAGAGAAGAGGUAUUUCACAAUAUAAACCACUAUGAUUAUCUGCCGUUAAACCCUUUUCUGUGGUGUCACGGCUGAUAAAAUGGCCUGUUUUACCCUUUUCGGUGGUGUCAUGGCUGAUAUAAUGGCCUGUUUUACCCUUUUCUGUCGUGUCGUGGCGAUAUAAUCACCUGCUAGCGAAAUCGUCAUUAAAAAUGUAAAUGAUUUAAUGUAUAAGGGAAAUCACUCUAUAAAAAUGUGUUUGCUUACUAUUUCCCUUUCUAUCAGGUGUUAACAUGCUUUUAGAGGGUCCCCCUCUAGAUUGCAAAAUCAACACAGACUUUCUUUAUUGGAAUUAUUUCAAAUGGAUUCAAAAUAAAAUAAAAGCAAUGAUUUCACAGAUAUUCAAUGUGCUAAUAAUGAUAGUUCAGCUCUCGCGGUGUAAUGAUAGUUCAGCUCUAGCGGUCUAAUGAUAGUUCAGCUCUCGCGGUGUAAUGAUAGUUCAGCUCUAGCGGUGAUGGCGGCAUAAGAGUCAGAUAUUGACAAUUUUAGCUCUAAGCAUAGUCAUAUUGUUACAGACAAAUUCAUUUAGGAAAUGGUGGAAAUCUUCCAGAAAAAAUAAAGAUAAGAUCCCAAAUACCUAACCUAAAAAGACAUUAUGUUCGUGUAUGUGUAUAGUAGUGAUGUCCAACCUGCGCCCCACAAGUUGAUUUUUAAAUGGCCCAUCACGGCAUCAGAAAUUUUUAUCAUGUACGUAGAAAUACAUUUAUUAUUAAAUAUUUUUAAACCACAUUCAUUGAUUCAGUAUUGUUGAAGAAUCGCUUGAGAGCACAGGAGAAGUUGUAACAUAGAAAAGGGGAAGUCACAAAAAGUUAAGGAGUCCUUAUGCAGAAAGAAGCAGUAAUUUAUGUUAGGCACAUCUGCAGAGCAACCAAUUUGGGACCUGUGUGACAUAAAAUCAGAUACUAUCUUCUCCUUCUUUCUUUUGCUUGUACAAGGGAGGUGUCACAGCGUUUGGAAAGAUGAUUAGGGGAACCAAAAGCUAUUUGAUGUGCAGCUUUUAGGCCAUUGUAAAAAUUUCUAUGCCCCACCAAUUUGACUAAGUAGAUGUAAUAGAUAGGUGAGCAUAUCGAGUUAACUACAGCCAGAAAAGUCUUUGGGUCAGAGUAAUUGAGAUGGGAACUAAAGGUGUCACAAUAGAAUGACUAUGGUGGGCAGUGUGAAUCAUGUUUAUGGCACCAUGUUAUUUGAGCAGGUAGUCUAGCCAGGUAUGGGUGUCUGAUCCUGCAUUGUUGUGACGUUGGGGGGCAAGUACCUGGUUUUGAGAGAUCAGAGCAUGGUAUGUUCAAAGCCGUGUUUGUUUGUAGUUAUUGCAAUUCAGUCAGGGAGGAAUUUUGUGAGAUGGAAGAUCUUGAAAGAAUUUUCUUUUAAUAAACAAACAAAAGAUGUCAUGACCAAAUGAAUAGUGGAUGAAUAAUGUUCCUUUUGAUGAAUUUCCACAACUAUGGAAAUGUUGUAACAAAGUUUUGACCAUGUUUUUUGGAAAUAACCUUCAGCAAUGAAGUUUGAUUCUCUUUCAUGAGCAACAUUGCCCCAAAAAAAUUAAUGCUUUGACUGGUGAACAUUAAAAAAUCUAAUGAGGGCAGGUGCUACAUAAGUACCCCAAAUUUAGAAAAUUGCAAGUACAAUGCAAAGGGAAAGCAAAAUAUAUCAUUAAAACAUGCUACAGUUAUUAUUCACUUUACAUUGGAUAUACAUGACUCUUUAUGCAUAAGGUAAGAAGUGUUAAUAAUAUGAAUAAUUUUCUUUGAGAUGUCAUGGCCCUCGGGUGCCAGAAAAAAUAUUUUGGCCCACGUAGUGAAAAAGGUUGGACAGCACUGUUCUAGGGUAAAAAAUGGAUUAAAUGUUUCAAUUGAUUAGGAAUUUUUGAACACAUUUCAUGCUUUCCCCCUUGUAUUUUGUAUGACAGAAAUUUAAAGGUAGUAAAUAAAAAAAAAAUUCAUAAAAUAAUACAACUUGCAAAAUAAGUACCCAUAACUUGAGAUUUUAUAAAAGAAAAUUGAUUCUAGUAUGUCAAGAACUUUAUUUCAUGAUAGUUUGAACAAUUUAUAAGAGUAUUCGUAUUAUUUGAAUGUAAAAUUUGUGUACUGGUAGUAAAAUUGUUCUCAUUCUGUAAUGGUCACGGUAAGUAUCAACAUACAUUAUGUAAAAAAAAUCUUUCAAACAGGAAGAUUGUCAUAUGUACUAUCAGAAAAUGUAAACUUGUAAAAGUCUCUGAAUUCAUUUAGUAUGGGCUUUUGUCAGUUUUGACAAGCACAUAAAAAUGCUAAAACUGGCUUGAUGCUACAGAAAAAUGCACUUGACAGUUAAAGAAUAUUUAUAAAUCGUGUCUAAAAAUUGAUGUUUAUAUUCCAGGGAACACAGAAAUUACAGUGGACACAGUUGAAGAUGGAGAGAGUGCUGAUGCAGAGCCUAAUCAGGCUCCUGUUAAGCCCAGUGAUGGAACAAAGAUGAAAAAGAAAACUGCAAAAAUAGUUAAAUUUUAGUCUUAUUAAAAAUGCAUUGUCAAUAUUUUCAUUUGCUAGAGCAAGUGUUGAAAUUAAAAAGUUCAUUUAAAAUCUAACUAGAUUUUCUUAUGUUUGAUUGUCUACUACUACUUGAUUACAUGUAAGGAAAAUCAAAAGUAUUAGUUAUUUGUAAAAGUAACAUAAUGAACCUAAUGUACAAAUAAAAACACAUCUCAAACUUUAUAGCACUUUUAUUUCAAGUAAAAAUGUUAAAAUGUAUUUAUUUCAAGC